AUGAUACUUAAAGGCCUUGGGAGCAGUGGUAAUUCUCAAGAAAACAUCUCAGCUCAACUUCAUCUUUCUUUCCCCUCUUCACUGCUAGUGGUCUACUUGUUAUACCAGGAUGCAUUUUUCUAUUCCAAUUCACCUGGGAGUGGUGCUCCUUGCGUGGGAUACACUGGGGCCAAAUCCGGCGUUUCCUGCGCUGAAGAGGGCCUACAGCAGAUGGAUCAAGUAGUUGAUUUCGAACUCCACCAAACCACACCUCCAGUUGGGCCAACAAAUACAGUCGCACAGGUCUUCUUUGCCGCAAACGAUACACGUCUAAUCACCACGGUGAAGGGGGACCCAUCUGCUGGCAAAGCAGGCUUUGUAUCUGUCCUGCCAUUCAAAGAUUCGUGUUCGUCGGUCUUCGAGAGUCAUGAUAUUCGAAGCUCUCCGCCCAGUACGGCAGUGCUAUUUGGUGGCGUUGAAAUCCCCGGCACAUCUGACCUAUUCAUCACGGACGCAUCUUUCGGAGCCACUGUUCUUAUCCUCGAUGACGUCACCGAUGAAGUCUCUCUCAAGCACAAGAUCACCAUCGAAGGCCAGAAAGCCACGUGUUGGGCUACCUACUCUCCGUUGCGAGAGAGUGUAUUUUUAACCGACGCAGCAUCUAACAGACUAGUUGAAGUCCGCAAUGAUAACUCGAAGAUCUUAACGAUCCUAGACCUGAGAAAUGGCGACCCCGGUCUCACCGAUGUCAGAGCCAUCGGCCAUUAUGUAUACGCACUUUCCCCAGGAAAUGGCACCACAGUCGCUGCUUUAACCGUUGUUGACUCUUUCAAGGGCCGGCAGAUCCAGCAUUUUGAGCUGGACAAGUUGGGCGCUGGUCAGCGGUCACAAGGUUUAGCCAUAUUUGAGAAGUAA